AUGUCAUGUUUCUGAGUCGCCUCUCGCCUGUCUCCCCUCCAGGUGGCGUGACUCGUAUGACGGUGUCGCUGGUAGUCAUCAUGUUCGAGCUGACAGGCGGGCUGGAGUACAUCGUUCCCCUCAUGGCCGCAACCAUGACCAGCAAAUGGGUGGCAGAUGCUUUCGGAAGAGAGGGAAUCUACGAGGCUCACAUCCGGCUGAACGGUUACCCGUUCCUGGAGGCCAAAGAGGAGUUUGAGCACAGCAGCCUCGCUGUGGACGUGAUGAGGCCCAGGAGGUCGGACCCUGCGCUGGCCAUGCUCACGCAGGAGGGCAUGACUGUAGGGGAGGUGGAGACGCUGGUGGAGAGCACGCACUACAGCGGGUUCCCCGUGGUCGUCUCUCAGGAGUCCCAGAGGCUCGUGGGGUUCGUGCUGAGAAGAGACCUGCUCAUAUCAAUAGACAACGCCCGGAAGCGGCAGGAAGGUAUCGUCAGCGCCUCCCAGGUGGUUUUCACCGAGCACGCUCCUUCCCAGGCUGACGAUGCCCCGCCUCCACUCCGCCUCAGAGGAAUCAUGGACCUGAGCCCCUUCACGGUUACCGACCACACUCCCAUGGAUAUCACCGUGGAUAUUUUCAGGAAGUUGGGGCUACGCCAAUGUCUAGUCACACAUAACGGGAGGCUGCUGGGAAUCAUCACCAAGAAGGACAUACUGAAACACAUGGCACAGAUCGCCAACAGAGACCCGGACUCCAUCCUCUUCAACUGAACCUUGUCCUCCUGCGUCCUCCUCCUCCUCCUCCUCUUCCUCAUCCCUCCAUGCAUCCUCUGUCGAACAGGGGAGGGGGGGG